CACUGAGCACUCGCGUUCUUCAGCUAUGGAGGCAAGUGAUUCUCCGACCGAAGGCACCCCCGCCGCUCCCUGCUGCUUCGAACGGCAUGCAGAUCACCGUCCCGGCUUCCGAUAAGCAAUUGUCUACCCCAACGCUAGAUGUCGAGCUCAGUCCUGCGACUUCGCCGACCCAUUCCGCCGUCUCCUUCUCCGACGCGAACCUCUCGGCCCAGACCGAUAACUUGCCUUGCGCCGAACGAUCCUUGGGCCCCCCUAAGUGGUACAUGAUCAUGUUGCUUCCCUCAACGCACAUGGAAUCCUUGGUCGUGAAUGCAAAAUUAAGCCCUCCAAAUCUCGAGAUUCGGGCACCCUCUUCCGUCGAUAUCGCUCAUAUCCUCUCGAGCGGCGAAAGGCUU